AGGAGCUGCUGGGCAUAGAUAAAGUCCAGUGAGCAAAGGGCACUUGUUGGGUCUCCAGGACAAGCUCCUGCUCCAAGGACAGCAGCGGAGGACAGAGGAGGCCACAGGGGACCAGGCAGCUGGCAGGAUGCCUCCUCCUGGCCUCUCCCUGGCCGUCCUGCUCGGGCUGCUGGGGGCCUCCCUGGCCUUUGAGAACAGGACGAGGUUCUGCCAGCCGGCUCCACCAUGGCAAGUGGGCGGAGGCAGAGCCCCCAUGGAGGAAGCCCUGGGCAAUGUGACCGUGGUGGCCCUCCUGAAGGCCAGCUGACAUUUCUGUCUCAAGCAAGCUGCCAGCAUGGGCAGCUUGCAGGAGCGCCUGGCCAGAAUGGGCGCUCCGGACGUCCGUUUCAUCAUAGUCAACGAGAAGUCGCCCCAGUCCCGGGCCCUGCACGGGGAGCUGGAACUCCACGCCCCGCCGGGCGUCCCCGUCUACGGCCAACCGGAGCUCGGCCCUGACAUCUGGAGCAUCCUGGGUGGGGCCAAGGAUGACUUCCUCGUCUAUGACCGCUGUGGCCGCCUGACCUUCCACAUCCGGCUGCCCUUUAGCUUCCUGCACUUCCCCUACGUGGAGUCGGCCAUUCGUUUCACCCACCGGCAGGACAGUUGUGGAAACUGUUCUUUCUACCCUGCCCAGGUGAACAGCACGGACGAGAGGAAGGGGGAGUCCAAGCAUUCCCCCGGCCUAGAAGGCGAAGGGCAGGAGCCCCUGGGCGAGAAGCCCGACAGCCGCGGGCUGACUCUGGGGUCUAGCGCCCCCACGGCCCACGCCCACGAUCCCGUCCACGGAGGCAUGGAGAAGCCGUCCCCCAGCCUUCCUUCCCCCGCUCUAGAGCCAUCCCUCCACGAGGGGGAGGCCCCCGGCUAAGCCUCGGGGCUGACCCCUCCCCAGCCUCGGAGGACAAAGUCCGCUGCUGUGGUCCACGUGCCGCUGCCCCUCCCUCCCUCCAAGAAUGACGCCCACAGUGAAACCCAGAGAACUGGUCCCUGUGGGCUGAUGCCCCAGAGGGGAGGAGAGGCGGAGGCUCCGUGGUCCAUAGCCAGCCCCGCUGACCCUCGGAGGGGGUGGGAGGCUCGAGGAAAUGACCAAUAAACUUCCGUCCCUGA